AUGAUGAGGAGAAGUGUAAAGGUUAAGAAAGAGGUGGAAGAAGAAGAAGAUUACUUUGGAGGUAGUGAAGAGGAGAAAGAAGAGGAAUCAGAGUCAGAGGAGGAAGUUAAACAAAAGAAGAAAAGAGUAAAACGAGAGACUGUUAUUUCGACGACCACGACGACAAAGACUAGUAAACGAAGAUCAUCAAUUAAAAUUAAAGAAGAAUCAGACGAGUCAGAGGAAGAAUCAGAAUCAGAAUCAGAAUCAGAGUUAUCAGAUUCAGAUAUAGAUAUAGAGAAAAAAAGAAAAGUAGAACAUUCAAUUAAAUAUCAUCAAUUUAAAGCAGAUGAUAUUAAAUUGAUUAGAACUAAUUUAUUACAAUGGUAUCAAAAGAAUAAAAGAGAUUUACCUUGGAGAUUGAAAUCAUUACCAAUAAAAGACAAAGAUGGUAGUGUGACGGUCAAACAACUAACACAACAAGAACAUGCAUAUAGAGUAUGGGUUAGUGAAAUAAUGUGCCAACAAACUAGAAUAUCUGUGGUGGUUGAUUAUUUCAAUAGAUGGAUGACUGAAUGGCCAAGUGUUGGUGAUUUGGCAAGAGCAACAUUGGAAGAUGUCAACAAGGUUUGGGCUGGACUAGGUUACUAUCGUCGUGCAAAACAUUUACAUCUUGGUGCACAGUAUGUUGUCAGUAACCUCAAAUCUAUCAUUCCAGGUACUCCAGAUGGUUUGGUAAAGAUACCUGGUAUCGGUCCAUAUAGUGCUGGUGCCAUUUCAUCCAUUGCCUUCAACAACUCUGUACCACUUGUCGAUGGUAAUGUCAUUAGAGUACUAAGUCGAUUAAGGGCAAUUGGUUCAGAUCCAAAGAAAAAAGAUUCAAUUAAAUUGCAUUGGAAGUUGGCCGGUGACAUUGUAGACCCUUCUCAUCCAGGUGAUUUUAAUCAAUCACUUAUGGAAUUAGGUGCAACAGUUUGUACAAUCACCUCACCACUUUGUAAUCAAUGUCCAAUCAAUACAAUAUGCAAUGCUAAAAAAGAAAUGGAAAAAGAUUCAAAGACAUCAAAAACAACAACAACAACAACAACAACAACAAAGAAUUCCAUUUCAAAUUAUUUUAUAAAGCAAACAAAUAAUAAUAAUAAUACAAUUAAAAAAGUUGAAGAGAAAGAGGAGGAAAAGGAAGAGUCUGAACCGAAAAUAAUGGAUAUUGAGGAUUUAUGUAAAGUUUGUGAUAGUUGGUCAGAUACUGAUUCACCAACUACAACUGUUUGUAAAUACCCAAAAAAGGUCAAGAAAACAAAAGCAAGAGAAGAGAAUGUUCAAGUAUUUAUCAUUCAAGAUGUAGAUACUGAUCUGUUUUGGGUGGUUCAGAGACCUGAUCCUGGACUAUUGGCAAAUCUUUGGGAAUCUCCUUGUCACAUUACUACUUUGACGACCGCAACUAAAAAAAAGGCAAAGACGAAAAAGGAUCAAGACUCUGAUUCAGAUUCAGAUUCAGACUCUAGUUUGUCAGAUGAAAAAGAACAAGUACAAGUUGGAAAAAGAAAAAUGAAGGAGAAGAAGAAUAGUAGUAGUAUUAAAGUAAAAGUAGAAGAGAAUCAAAUUAAAGAUACAAUUAAAAAAAUAUCAGCGGCAAUGUCAAAUGCAAUAAGUAUUCAAUCGAUUAAAUCAUUGGGUAGUACAAAACAUAUAUUUUCUCAUAUCAUACAACAAUUGGAUGUUCAUUUGGUGCAAGUUAAAUUCAAUCAAACCAAAAACAAAUCUACCGUCAAGGAUAAACAAAAUCAUAAAUGGGUAACAAAAGAUAAAUUAAUGUUGAUUGAAUCAUUACCAGUAUUGAUUCAAAACAAGAUUAUAGAUUUAUUGGUGAAUGAAAGAUCAGAGGUUUUUGAAAAGACAUACAUUACAUUUACAGAUGAAUUGUAUCAAUUGGCCAAAGUCAACAAAAGAUGGUUUGCAUUGAUCUCUUCAAGAAUCGAUCAAGUCAGUGUCAGGGAGCUCACCAAUAAGCCAUUCAAACCUUCUGGUAGAAAGGUUCAUCCAUUGAUCAAGUUACUCAAAGUUCAACAAAGCGACAAGUACUCAAUCAUCAGACGUCUCAAAUCACUUCUACUAGACAUUAAACCAGCCACCACUCAAGAAGAAGCAAAUUGCAUCAAUGAAAUGUUUAGAAAGAUUGCAUUGCAAGAAAAGUUUCCCUUUACAUCAUCAUUGGAACACAUCUACUUUCCAACCGGCUGGUGGGACGAAUACGAUAUUGCAGAGGAUUUCGAACGCUUUUUCACCGAGGAUUACAUGAGGAAGUAUUCUUGCACGAGUAAAACGACUGGAUUAGGUUUCAAAAUGACCAAAAUCUUUGCAAAUCUUUCCUCAAUGACAUUGACAUUGGACUAUGAAACACGUGAUGGUGGUACGAUGCUUGGAAUGAUUAAAACAAUCAAAGAGCAUAUGACACAAGUAAAGAAUUUGUCUUGGAGUAUUGAAUGUGGAUCGGAUGGUGAAGGAUCUGAAUAUGACAGUUUUGAACCUCUUUGGGAUCACUCAACAACCAACUUUAACCUCGAACAACUUUCAAUCGAUUGUUAUGGAAUGAAAAUGAAACAUUUAUAUAAUGUAUUUAGAGAGGAAUCCAAGUUGGCAUUUUUCAAAGCUGCUCAUUAUGUAUUGAAAAGCAAUACUGAUGAUUUGGAUAUGGCAGUUGAUUCAAUUAAAACCAAUAGUACAAUGACAAGUUUGAAAUUGAAAAACAUUUAUUCCAAUUUAACAAACGAUGAAAAGAUUAAAAUUCAAAAAGCAUUGGCAUCCAACCAAACCAUUACCAAUUUAUCAAUUUGUCAAGAUCUAUUUGGUGUAUCAUCGUCCAAUUCAACUGAUAUUCUCAGUCAAUCAUUAAUUGAAUUCCAAUAUUUUGAAUCAACACAAUUUAAUAUUAGUGAACCAUUAAAUAAUUUAAAUGUUAUUAAUUCAUUAAUAAUGAUUAUUGAAACCAAUAGUCAUCCAAAUCUUAAAUCGAUUGGUAUCAGAAUGGAUAAAGAUUAUUUAGAUAAACAACUCAAAGAUAGAUUUAUCAAAGCAUGCAAGUCAAAUACAACUCUUGAUACUUUUAAAUUCAAAUAUCUAUAUCCUUUAGAAUCAUUUGAAUUAAGAUUACAAGAUUUUAAAGAAUCCAAGUUGACAUUCUUCAAAGCCGGUGCUUAUCGUGAUACGGCAGAAUUGGAAAGUAAUGCUGAUGACUUGGAUAUGGUAGGUGAUUCAAUUAAAACCAAUAGUACAUUGGCAUACGUCUCAAAUCACUUGUACUCGACAUGGAACCACCAACAACUCAAGAAGAAGCAAAUUGCCAAAAUGGGAUGUUUACACCAUCAUUGGAACAUCUACCUUUCAACAAACUAUUGGGACGAGUAUCAUAUUGCAGAGGAUUUCGAGGGCUUUUUCACAAAGGAUUUCAGUAGAAGAUAUUCUAAUGGGAGUAGAUCAAUAGGAUUUUUUAGAAUGACCGAAAUCUUUGCAAACCUAUCCUCUAUGACAUUGAAAUUGGAUUAUGAAAUACCAGAUGGUGGUUCAAUGCUUGCAAUGAUCCAAACAAUCAAGAAAAUUUGUCGUGGAGUAUCGGAUGGUGAAGGAUCUGGAUAUCCUGAUAUCGAACCUCUUUGGGAGCACUCAACAACCAACUUUAACCUCGAACAACUUUCAAUCGAUUGUUAUGGAAUACAAAUGAAACAUUUAUAUAAUGCCUUUUGCGAAGAAUCAAAACUACAAAGUUUUAAAGUUGGUGGUGAUGGUGAUCCAAUGGAAUUGGAAAGUAAUGCUGAUGACUUGGAUAUGGCAGUUGAUUCAAUUAAAACCAAUAGUACAUUGACAAGUUUGAAUUUGAAAAACAUUGAUUCCAAUUUAACAAACGACGAAAAGAUUAGAAUUCAAAAGGCAUUGGCAUUCAACCAAACUAUUACCAAUUUAUCGCUUGGCCCAAUCCAAGGUUUAUUUGGUGUAUCAUCCAUUUCAACUGAUAUCAUAAGUCAAUCAUUAAUUGAAUUUAAAUAUUUAGUAUCAACUGAAUCCCAUAUCAGUGAACAUUUAAAUGUUAUCAAUUCAAUAAUAAUGAUUAUUGAAACCAAUAGUCAUCCAAAUCUUAAAUCGAUUGGUAUCUCUUUAGAUAUCAAUGAUUUAGAUAAACAACUUAUUGAUGGAUUUACCAAAGCAUUCAAGGCAAAUACAACUCUUGAUACCUUUAAAUUCAAAUGGUUUGAAUUAAGAUUACAAGAUGUAUCCUCCAAUAAUAUUGAUGAAAGAAUUAACAACUUUUGGACUAGAAUCAAUAAAGAAGACGAAAGUGAGUAUACUCGUCAUUCUAGAAGAACAAGAAGAACUGAAUAG